CCUUCACAUUGAUUCAUGGCUGGCGUCAGGGUAGAGCUGCUGCUGGUCCUGACUGCGACUCUGCUGGUUUCAGUAGAGGGAUGGGCGCGGAUCAAGAAAAUUCAACGUCCCUCGCCAGAUGACCGCAGGGAGGACGACAGCGGUGAAGAUGCAGUUCUUGAGGAUUCAUUGCUUCAAGUUGAAGGUGCCACCGCCAGUGGAAACUUCUACAAUUUUGCUAACCAUGGAGACCAGAUUGACACAGUAGAUUCUAGUCCAAGAACAUGGCGCAGAGGUACUGAUAGUAGUUUCCAGAUGGAAUUUGACAAUACCCCUUCAAGGAGCCAGACCAGCGGUACCAGUCGGCGUCGGACUGGGCUAGAUGUGGUUUGCAGUGACGUUGGCUUUCAAAUUACUGUGCUGAAAGGUUCAUUAAGUGAAGUUAAAGUUGUGGGCUCAAAGGACCUGCUGUCUGUUAUGGAUGCUCCAGAGUCUUGUGGUUAUGAAGUGAACCCUUUGACUAACACCUUGGCUGUACCCUUUACCGGGUGCCAUGUGAAACGGAGUAACCGCUACAGCCUGCAGUUGUUGUACGUCAAUGCGUUUGAUCAGACACAAGUUGCUACCGCAUCUUGUGAGAGAAGCCUGAAGGUUGACCCAGGCGUAUUUCCUGGCUCCAGUGGCCAAUCCUAUCCCACAUUUAAGCGCAUUGAGCCAAUCCGAGCGCAGCCACAACGGCCUGCAUGUCCGCAAAAGCCUGGCUUGCCCCUAGGGCCCGGCUUGCCGCAAGGGCCUUCAUUGCCCCAAGGGCCCCAACAACCUGGGUCACCCCAAGGGCCUGGGUCGCCCCAAGAACCUUCAUUGCCCCUAGGGCCUGGGUCACCUCAAGGGCCCGGAUCGCCGCAAGGGCCUUCAUCCCCGCAACAGCCUGGCUCGCCCCUAGGGCCCGGCUUGCCGCAAGGGCCUGGCUCGCCCCAAGAACCUUCAUCCCCGCAACAGCCUGGCUCGCCCCUAGGGCCUGGCUCGCCCCAAGGGCCUUCAUCCCCGCAACAGCCUGGCUCGCCCCAAGGGCCUGGCUCGCCCCAAGAACCUUCAUCCCCGCAACAGCCUGGCUCGCCCCUAGGGCCCGGCUCGCCCCAAGGCCCUUCAUCCCCGCAACAGCCUGGCUCGCCCCAAGGGCCUGGCUCGCCCCAAGACCCGGCCCCAAGGGCCUGGCUCGCCCCAAGGGCCUUCAUCCCCGGGUCGCCCCAAGGGCCUUCAUCCCCACAACUGCCUGGAUUGCCCCAAGAACCUUCAUCCCCGCAAAUUCAUCCAACCCGAGCGCGGCCGCAACGGCCUGCAUGUCCGCGACGGCCUGGAGCGCUCCUAGGGCCCGGCUCACCCCAAGGGCCCCCAUCCCCGCAACAGCCUUCAUCCCCGCAAGGGCCGCAACUACAAACAUUGCCAAUGACACAUGGUUGUGGCAUCCCCACAGGAGAGCAGGUGACUUGUGGCCAGUCAGGAAUAUCAUCCUCAGACUGUGAGAUGAUGGGAUGCUGUGUGGAUUCUUCUACAUCUACCUGCUACUACCCAAUGGAUGAGUGCACUGUUGAUCAACACUUUGUGUUCGCCAUUCGUGCCAACUCUGCAUCAAUCCCUGUGGACCCCACCAAGCUUGUUGUUUCUGGGAGUACAAACUGUAAACCAGUCAUUGUCAACGACAAAGUUGCCAUCUUUAAGUUCAAAAAUUCAGAAUGUGGAGUUCAUGCUUAUGAAGUUGGUGAGACGAUGAUCUACCUGGCUGAAGUGCAGACUGUCAUCCAAUCUCUGACCCUCCAGUAUGGCGUAAUUGCAACACGUGAUCCACUCAGGUUCAUGGUUGAGUGUCGCUAUAGCAAAGCAGGCGUUGCUCCGCAGUCACUAACCAGCGUUGGCUACAUGGUGAAGACCCCGAGUUCCACCUUGCCGUCAGCGGUCCUCUCUAAUGGCUUAUAUGCUGUUGACUUGAGAAUUGCUAAAGAUCAGACGUAUUCAAGCUACUUGCCCACAAAUAAUCAGCCCUUGCGACUGCUCCUUGGCAGUCCAGUCUAUCUUGAACUGCGCCUGAUAUCACCAAAACCAGAUGCGGUAAUCCUUGUCAACUACUGUGUAGCUUACCCUCGCUCUGCAAGGAAUGCACUGGUGCUUAUUUAUGAAGGGUGUCCCAACCUUUAUGCUCCAAAUGUGUCCCUCCUUAAAAUCAUUGACUGCAAAAAUCGUCAUCAGAGGCGGUUUGUGGUUGAAGCCUUCCAGUUUAUGGUUCAAAAGACAAACAAAUACCUUGAUGAAGAAAUCUAUUUCAUGUGCUCUACAGAAGUGUGUUUACCAGCAGAUAGGCCAUGUGAACAACGGUGCUUUGAUGGAAAGGCACCAUAAGGAUGCUGCAGAAGACUUGGGGGGGAAUAAAUCGCAUUUUAUAACACAGUA